GUUUAUGGAAUCAAAUAAGUUGUGGACCUCUUUCCACACUUAUUUGUUGAAUGAGACAAAGGUAGGAUUAUUCCUACUCCCUCCCCUACCAUUAGCUCGACCAAACACCCAAAGAAAGAAAAGGAAGCCCUUACGAUUCAUCUCCAUAGCUAAAAGCUUGAGCUCAAUCAAUAAGGAAAUCCAAGGAAGAAUAAAGAGUGGAGAAAGUGAAGAAAAAAACAUACAAUCGUUGUGCAAUACGGGGAUGGUGGAUUGGUGGACAGGGUAUGGAGUCGGCCGCCGCUCAAGUGGGAUUUGGAGACAAAAUCCGGCCUAAGACCGGUCCAAGGUAAGGCUGGUAGCGCCUGACAACGAAGAUGGAGGGAUGGACCGACCUUUUCCGGCCACCGAUUGGAGAGGGAACCGACUGUGGUGCAGCGAAAUAGAGGGGGUAUUGAUCCCAACAACUGCUGCAAACGAUCUAUUCUUCAAUCGCACGAUGACUCUAAACUCCACAACCGUAGAUUAGUUGAGGACCGUGUUUUCAAAUGGGGGUCGCAGCCUCAAAUGCGCAGAGGUAACCACUCGUCUUUAGCAAAGGACUUCAACACUUUCUCAAAUUGGGACUUGAAGGGUAAAAAUCAGAACAUACAUUUUGCUAGGGGUAAGCAAAGGGACUCCAGGGAUAGACACCGAAAGGGAUUACUACGGGGAUUUGAUAAUUUUCAUUCAAGCUUUAGGAAGAUGAUUAGAACCAGGUUCAUAAUUCAUAAACAUGCGCUUGAUUCAGCUACUGAGUUUGACAUUUCUAUUGAAAAGAAUUUCUUUUUAAGUGCUUUGACAAAUCUGUCCGUAUUUCCGAGAUCAAAUAUGGUUUUAUUUUUUCAAUUGUGUUUGAUCAGGAUAAUUUACUAUGGUUGAGAGAUUCCAUUCUAAAAAUUUCUUUGGAUCGUUGAGUGAAUUCAAGAUUUGAGUUGGGCAACUUUAUUAUCAUCUUCGAUUCAAAUUAUUAUGGUGGUUUUAUCCGGAUCAUUAACAAAGGAAUUGGCUCUAUUUUUGUUCCUGAAGGAAGAUAUGGAUUAGGCUUUAGGGACUUCUUGGUUGGACUAUUCAGAGCCAUUAAUUUGUAGACGCGGUUUGCUGAGCCAUUGUUAUUGUGUCAUCACAUAGAAUUUGUACCGAAGUUGUUGGUGGAUCUUGAUAGGGUUGAUAACAACAAUGAUUUUUCAAUCUCUGGGGCUCUUUUUCAAGCUGAUAUUGAGGGGUUUUCUCCUUCGACAAUCUCUAUGUUGCCUGAUAUGAAUUCUUCUUCUCAUGAAUCUGAGGGAACUAAAUACUUGCUCAAAAAAGAAUGUUAAAGAAGUAGAAAAUGUUUAUCUUUCCAAGAGAAACGCAAUUGGUAAGAACUCUAGGACAACUAUUAUUACUUAUCCUUCUCUCCAAGAUCUUAUCACUCAAUUCAAGGCGGAUAAGAUGAUUUUAGACAAAAAGAUGAAAUCUGAGUCACGGUUUCUUCAUCUAUUUCUACAGCGACUUCUCCAAUUUUGGUUGAUUAGAAUGAUUUAAUUGAGGUCACUGAAGAUGUUUCUUUCACUCCAGUUAUUUCUCGACGUAAUAAGAAAAAACUUGCUAUUCAGGCAUCCUCCAUGCAAACUAGAGCACAAUCGCGCUUGAAAGCUUAAUCUUUAGCCUAGCUUGCUUUCCUUAGUGUAAUCUUCUUAUAACUUAUUUUCCUUAGCUUUAAUUUUUACUAAUAACUUUUUGUCUAUGCAAGUUUCUUUCAAUUUUAUUAAUAAAUUUGGUAAGUGUUCCCCGGCAUUUACCCCACUCUUAAGUGGUUUACCAUCCGGGAAAAAAAAAUACAAAAAAAGUGGAGAAAGUGAAGAAAAUUUUAAAAAAAUCAAGGGAAUGAAUUGAUUAGUAUUUUUCUUCCUUCAUUUAAUCUCAUAUGAUUUUAUAAAUCAUAUGAUAGACCCAUAAGCUUGUUCUACACUCCUAUAGGUGUAGAAUGAGGGGUUGGAAGGAUAGUUUUAACUAUGAACGGAGUUAUGACCAGAGUAAGACUGGUUCACCGGAAGACACCUUCUCGGAGGGUUUUGAUAUUUAUAUCGCUUUUGGUUUAUGAAACAUUGUUAGGAAUUUAACCAAGGUAUUCUAGACUUCGAAGGAAGCUAGAAGUCACCGGAAAAGUCGCCGGAGCCGCCGGAGUUUUCGCCGGAAAAUCCCAAAAGUCACCGGAGUUCAAACGAGGAGGAUAAAAGCUCGCUAACGUCAUUUCAAUGUUGAAGUUAGAGCUUACUUCCUGCACCCGUUGUUCGGGAGAUCGAUGGAGAGAAGACGUGGUUCAUGCUUCCUCCGGUUCUAUUUCUAAAUAAUUAAAUAAUGCUCAUGGAACUAUUUUUGACAUAUAAAUUAAUGGAGCCUGCGAGCUCUUGUUUUACCCUUGUGUGGGUUCUUAUUAAACACUUAUAUUCCGCUAUGUGUUUUGAUAGAGUAUAUAUCUAGAGAGAAGUGAGAGCUAGAGAGAGAAGUGCAAGUAAAUGCUUCAAUAGAAUGAUUUUGUAACCCCUUCAACUACCUCCAGAGGAAGUAUUUAUAGGAAAAAUACGGG